GAUGUAAUUGAAAUUGUACCUGGUUAACGAUGGCCCUGUGCUAACAGGGGGUAUCACAUUAUAGUUAUACCUCUUCUUACUCUAGCCUUUUCUCUGCGCCGUCAAAUUGAUAAAAAAAACCUUCAGUUGGGACCCCUGGAGUUAACAAAGACAGGCGCAUGUCGUAGGCAGUGUUCCUUGUUUAUGGGUCAAACUGUUUUUUUUAGAACUCAAAACUGCUGUGCGCAAGGGCUGCGAAGACAAGGUGUCUCUAAGUGUGUCGACAGUGUUAAAGAAAUUCGCCUGGUAUUUCUGGAUACUCCGAUAGAAACAAGGUCUUCAAUCACCUCUUAGAAGGCGUCGACUUCAAAUGGCUGUUUAAGAUGAAUAACGCUCAUCGGAACGCCCUUCGCCGUCAGCGGUCGCAGUUGCACAAGGACCUGGAGCCGAAAAAGCUUUUGCCAUAUCUGGCGUCAAUCCUAGAUGAGACUGACGAACAGGAAGUGAAAGGAAAAGGGACGAGGGAAGACCGGUGUGACAAACUUUUGGAGAUUUUACCGAGGCGUGGGCCAAAUGCCUUUGACGCAUUUGUAGAGGCCCUGAAAAAUGUCCAGGAAUUUCUUGUUGGGCCUUUGCUCCAGGAAGUAGAAAGGGAAGAAAAGCUUGCAGAGAUGAAAAACGAGUUGACUCGGGCGCGGACACACAGCGCCAGGCUCCGAGAGGAAAUUACAUCUAUCGGAACUCACCUUGAUUCGGAGAAACACAAGCACGAACACACCAAGAAAGAGUUAGAAGAGCUUAAAAGCAUGCACCAAGCUAUGAUUAAGCAAUUCCAAAGUGAUUUCUCAACCAUGAGUUUUGAAAUUAAACAACUGAAAGAGGCAAGAAAAAAAGAUGCAAAAAAACUUAAAGAAGAAAAAGAACAAAAAGCUGGACUGGAAAAAGAAAUCGAUUGUAUUCUAAUUGAGCGUGACAGAAUAGCUACGUUUUUGAGUGAAAUGGAAAGAAAUGGGAAAACCCCACCUUUUCUACAGAAAAAUCGUUCAAUUAAUAUAGACGAUAGCGUUUUUGAUGAAAUUUCACGUGAUGAGAGCUUACAAGAGAGACAAAGGUCUGAGGGGGAGAAAUGGGAACACGAUGAGACUCGAAAUUGUCCCCGGAUUUACGACGUUGAAACUUCCAGGCGACAAACCUUGAGCGAAAGAUGCCUACCGAAUGGGCUUGGGGACAUAAGAUUGAGUUCGGUAAUCAGCGAGGGAUUACUUGACAACGAUGAAACCAUACAAGAGCUUCUUCGUGAACGAGACUCGCUAGAAAUGAAGUGCAAGGAGUUAGAACAAGUCAUUCUUGAUAACGAGUCAACGGAGACGAAGAGUGAAUGUCACAAAGUAACUUUGGAUAGGGCAACCUCGCCUCUUUCUGCUGACUUGGAACGGAUUGAAGCAAAUCAAUCGCUAGAAGAAAAGACACGACAACUGGAAUGCAGAGCCAAAGAAAUCACCGAUAAACUUGAACGAGAAAAAAUCGCCUUGACUACUAAAGUCAGAUCUAUGGAAGAACAGUAUGAAAGAACCUUUCAAAAUCAUGCAAACGAGAUACGCAAUACUAAAAUGGAGAUGACAGAGCAACAUUUGCUUGUAAUGAAGGACUUACAGAAUCAGAAUUCCGAGUUGUCAAACCGUGCAGAGAAGGAACGACAGGAGGUCUUACGAAUAAAAGCAGAGUUGGACAAAGAGCGAGAGAGUAACAGAGCACAGCAAAGAGACCACGAUAAGCUCAGGAAAAAACUCCAGUCAGAGAAGAAGCAGUUAAAGCAAAAGCUUGAGCAGGAGACAAAGACAAAGAAGGAAGCGGAUAAGGAGGCCGAGAGAUUCGUUAUGGAGAUGAAGGAGAAUGAAAAGAGGGCGGCAUGUGAGCUCACGAGAUUCAAGGAGACGAUAAGCGUGUUGCAGGACAAGUGCGAAACCCUAAAUGAGGACCUAAACCUGUGGAAAUCCCUUAAAGGUCGUGUAUUUAAUUAUAAGAAGGAUUUUGACCGAAAUGGCGUCAUCUAUGCACUUGGCACAGCGUUCGGGACGAGUUCUUGGGUCAACCCCAGCUGUCUUAGCACCGGGGUGCGUGUGUACCGUUCUUCUGGCUACCAAGGAGAGGCCAGUGACCUGCUUGAGACCCGUAAGGGUACUUGCAGUUGCACGAGGGACGAGGAGAGAUCCUGGUGGUGCGUUGACCUCGGGGAGCACUACACGCUUUUUCCGACUGUAUACACCCUUCGCCAUGGGAGGGAUAACGGCCUGUCAAUCAUCCGGAAUUGGAAACUGGAAGGGUCACGUGACGGACACAGGUGGACAGUAUUGAAGGUGCAUGAAAAUGACCGAGGGAUGAAAGGGGCGUACCCUUUUUACACAGGCACGUGGUCAAUUGAUGGCCAGGUUAGUGCAAUGAGGUACUUUAGAGUCUUUCAGACAGGGAAGAAUUCGUCAGGUCGGUACGCUUUGUACUUGUCCGGAUUCGAGAUCUACGGAGUUCUCGUUGAUAUGAGGGCGUGAAUUACAUCCUGCUUCUUUGGCUCUAGUUUACAUCUCAUGAAUGAUAUUUUAAAAGAAUUCAGAGGACAAGCUCAAUAGCUGUAAAGACGCCUGAUAAAAAGUGCUUGACACAUUAAUUUUAUCUGCAGUGCUAAGUAGAAUAAGGACGUUUUUUUUAGAAUCUAAGGCCGACGAAGUUUGUUAGGAGUCAUUCGAUGAAGGAAGGGGCAUCUUCAACUAAAACUUGUGUGCUAUUAAUACAAUAUUUAAAAAAAAGGCAGUUCUUUGCUUGAAAACUAAACUAUUAUACAGAGACCAUUGAUAUACAACAAACUAUUUGGUCCCAACUCUCAAAGGAAAACGUAACGAGUUUUCCGUGGGCCGAGCCUCUUUGUGGUCAUUCACUUUUUAUAUUGCAAGAAUCACGUGACACGAGUGUGACGCAAAUACCACAGAAAUACACCAAAUAAAGAGGCAAGAAACGCUGUCUAGCUUAAUAAAUGAUUCUUUAUUUCA